CUGAGCCAAAGGCAGAUGCUUAAUGGACUGAGCCAACCAGGUGCCUGGAGAUUUGCAAUUCUGUUACCUAAAAGCACAGGCAGGUCUGGAGAACAAAGGGAGGACCUCUCUUUUAUAGUGGAGAGGGGAUGUUGGGAGGGGCUGUUCCAAACGAUAUCCACUGGAGCAAACUUGGGGUUCUACCCUUAGUGUCUUCUCAUAGGGUGGGCUGUGACUGUCUCUUAUUGGCUGGGCUGUUGCAGGGGAGGAGGAAACUUUCCUUCCUUUCUCCUGCUGGGGCAGUAAUGUGUCCAAGGUUGUCUCUUGCUGUUGAGUGCAAUGGAGAAUGAGUGGUACUGGUGGGAGCUCCCCCUGCAGCCUUCUAAUUCCAUUUGAGUCAUGUCUCCUUUAUUCAUUUUCAAAGAGUUGAUGGGCCUUUGGGUGGUUUUCACUUGCUGGCUAUUAUGAAUCAAGCUGCUGAGAGUAUAUGGAAAUUAGUGUUGGUGUUGGUGCUCAUCUUCACUUGUCUUGGGUAGAUCAAUAUUAGGAGUGGAAUUGCUGUAUUGCACGGUAACUCGACGUUACUCAUUUUGAGGAUGCACCAGACACCUCCAAAUGGCUGCACCAUUUUCCAUCCCCAGCAGCAGAAAUGCAUGAGAGUUUCCCCUUCCUCACAUCCUCACCAGCACUUGUUUCUUUGUAGCCAUUCUAGUGGGUCUGAAGGGGUAUCUGCUUAUAGUUUGACGUCCAUUUUCCUGAUAACUAACAUCUAGCAUCUUUUCCUGAACCUAUUGGCCACUUGCAUAUCUUCUGUAGAAAAGUAUCUGCUCAUAUUCUUUCCCCAUGAUUUGAUCAUAUUAUUUUUCUUUAUAUUGUUGUCUUUUAUUUUUCAUGGUUGUCAUAUGGAUUUUUAAAACAUAUUUAAGAUACAGGACUUACCAGGUGUGUGAUACGCAGACCCCAGUUAUAACCACAGUUGAAGUAGAAUUUACCUUCCUAUUAAGUGAUAUGGUUGGCAUAUGGGAUUUUUUUUUUCACUAAGUUUUGAGAACAUAGUUUUUGUUUAGGAAAUCUGAUUUUUUGAAAAAAGUAAUUUUUUGAACUCUGUAUUUCAUGAGUGUGGUGUCAUCCCUUGUUGCUCUAAAAAUAUGGAUUAGCCUUGUUUUCUUUCUCUGUUAAAGUCACCAGUGGCUGUUUGUUACCAUCAGUCCCUCAGGGGCUCUUCUUCCUGGUGCCCUUCUCCUUGAAUUCUGGGCACUGAGGUAUAUAUUUGAGGCCCUGAUGACUUCCAUGAUUCUUCCAGAACUGAAAUUCCUCUUACGCACCAGGUGUGCCAGGUCCCUGGUCCGUGUCCAUGCUCACAGUCCACCUGAUCCAGGGAAAGGGUCGUGUCUGCCUCUGCGGGGAUAGAGGGGACUGCACCAGGCUCCUUGACCUUGUUGCCUUCCAAGGAGGGAUCUGCUCAAGUCAAGUGUCCGCAACAUUCCGAAAUUCUGGUUCAAGUUCUUGGAGCUGACAAGGCAGUAAUCAUCUUUGAUCAAGUCAAAGAUGUGUUUGCUGUCUGAUUUUGUGUUGUUUGAAUAAGGAUCUCAUUUUCCAUUCUUUACUGUACUGGAGUGCUCAGAUCUGCUCUGAGUCAGCAAAAAUAGCCUGUAUUUGGGUGCAUGUAAGUCUGAAUCAGCUGUUGUCGUCUCCCUCUGCUUCGGGUUCCCAGCCCCUCCCAUCACUGAACGCGCGGUAGCGGAUGUGCUCGCGUGUUGUCACUUCCCACACGGGUGCGACUCAGGUCCUAGGAAUGGAGUGCGGCUCCCUGCGUGUCACCGCCCCCCCUCCCCAAUCCUCCCACGCACAUGGGUGAGGAGGGAGCGUUGCUGCAAUAGGAUACGUGGGAUGUUUCAGGACGCGGUGGUCUUCGCGGAUGUGGCUGUGUACUUCACCCCGGAAGAGUGGGCUUUGCUGGAUCGUGGUCAGAGGAGGCUCUACAGAGAGGUGAUGCUGGAGACCUGCAGGAACCUGGCCUCGCUGGAUUGUUGCAUUCAAGUUAAGCCUUGUGGAUCAGGGACUCAGCUGAAUAUUUUGGAGAAUGAACUAUCCAGUGAAGACAAAAUAGUAAGAUUGAUAAGAAACGAUUCCUGGGCUCUUUUUGGAGAAAACUGGGUGUUUCAUCACAUUGGAGAUCAGUCCCAAUCCCAGGAGAGGUGUUUGAGAAAUCAUUUGGUGGAGCGUGUCUGUGAAAGCGAUGAAGAUAAUCAAUGUGGAGAUACCAUAAACCAGAUUACAAGUCUUAGUGUGCAUGAGGAUUGUCCUACUGGAGACAAAUCCUGUGAAUGUGCUAAGUGUAGAGAAACCUUCACAGAUGGUUCUUUCCCUGAGAAUCCACAAAGAUCUCAGCCUGGACACAAACCUAGUCCCUGUGAAGAAUGUGGGCCGGCCUGUAGCUGUGUCUUGAGGCUCAGCACUCACGUGGACACAGACCUUGUAGAGAAACCCUAUGAACAUCAGGACACUGGGAGAGCAUCAAAAAGAGACUUGAAGAGUCUCGGUAGUAAAAAAUCUUUAGAGUGCAAGAAGUGUGGAAAAGCUUUCACUUGCACCUCAUCCUUUCAGGGUCAUGUAAAGGGUCACUGUGGACAGAGAGUCCAUGCGUGUGAUGUGUGUGGGAAAGCUUUUAUGUAUCAGUCCUACCUUACACGUCACGUGAGAACUCACACUGGGGAGAGACCCUAUGAAUGUGUGGAGUGUGGGAAAGCCUACAGCUGCCUCUCGUAUUUCCAAGAACAUGUGAGAACACACAGUGGCGAGAAACCCUAUGAAUGUAAGCAGUGUGGGAAGACAUUCAAGUAUCCUGCGUCCUUGCAAGGACACAUGAUGACACACACUGGAGAGAGACCAUACCUGUGUCAGCAAUGUGGGAAAGCCUUCAGUUGUCCCAAAUACUUCAGAAGACACGUGAGAACGCACAGUGGACUGAAACCCUAUGAAUGUACGUUAUGUGGGAAAGCCUACAGUUGUUCCUUAUCUCUUCGAGAACAUGUCAGAACACACAGCGAAGAGAGACCCUACGAAUGUCAGCAGUGUGGGAAGGCUUUCAGACAUCCUCGAUACUUCCAGAGACAUGUGAGGAUGCACAGUGGAGUGAAGCCCUACGAGUGUAAGGAGUGCGGAAAAGCAUACAGCAGCUCGACAUCAUUGCAGGAACACAUGAGGACGCACACUGGGGAGAGGCCCUUUGAGUGUCAGCAGUGUGGGAAAGCCUUCACUCGUCACUCCUCCCUUCAAGGACACGUGAGGGCGCACAGUUUGGAGAAACGUUACGAGUGUGCACAAUGCGGGAAAGCCUUCCGGUGGUCCUCGUCCUUACAGAAACACGUGCGAACGCACAGUGAAGAGAAACCCUAUGAAUGUCAGCAGUGUGGCAAAGCCUUCUGGUACCCAGCCAACCUGCGAGCACACGUGAAGACACACACUGAGGAGAGACCCUAUGAAUGUCCGCACUGUGGGAAAGCCUUCAGCUGUCACUCCUCCCUUCAAGUCCACGUGAGAAAGCACAACGGGGUGAAACCCUACGAAUGCAAGGAGUGUGGGAAAGCCUUCUGGUAUCCAGUAAACCUGCGGGCACACGUGAGGACUCACACUGGGGAGAGACCCUAUGAAUGUCAGCAGUGCGGG